UAUGUUCCUUUUUUGGAUUGCUGUCUUUUCUCAGAACAAUGUGAGCGUUACUUUGAGAAAAGACCUUCAGAUAACAGCUCUGGCUACGAACCCCCAAAGCCAGGUGAGUAAGCUGCAUAGAGAAGCUUGCUAGGGAGGCUAUCCUAGUUAAACGAUGGCUCUUCAAAGCCAAGUGCACUUUCCAAAAAAGGCGUUUUGGUGUGUAGCUUUUCAAGGGACAUACAAAAAAUUGGACGCAAUUAUUAUUAAGUUUUUAAAAUUUAAUUGAAUCAAUGGCAAGUGUUUCCUAAAGACACAGUUCGAUUACUCUUUUUUCCCCAUGAGGUCUCUUCACUUCAUCGUAGAAAGAUCUGGGUCAAACUGAUUUGCAUCUUUAAUCCGUGUAACACUUUGAGCGAUCGCGAAUAAAAAAAAAAGGAUAAAAAAAAAUUGAUCUGAACAUAUCUAUUUAAUGCAGCCAUUAAUCAGUAAUGAUGACAACAGUAAUCAGUCCACUGUUUUUAAAGCGUUUGCGAUGAAAGAACAUGAUGAAUCCGAUCUUCAAUUCAAAUCUUUGUUACCGCUAAAAGAUCUAAAGUAAAAAGAAAAAUAUCUUUCUAUGGAGGUUUAGUGGAUUUUUUGAGCUUCCCUUGUCAUUCAAUGUAACAGUUUCAUAGAAUCUUCAAAACAUAGGAAAUAAAUGAAAAACUGAUUCCUAUGUCAACUAGCGGUCCAAUUUAUGGUUGUUUGUUUGUUUUAAUGUUUUUUCAUUCCUAUUUAAAAAAAAAAAAAAACUAUUGGAAGCGGAGAUCCCCACAUGAUUACACUCGACGGUGUUCAAUACUCUUUCAAUGGUUAUGGCGAGUAUCAUGUCCUCCAGAUACCUCCUGUUGGCUUUGAGCUUCAGGGACGAAUGCAGCCUUUAAUCAAAGAUGAUGGCAGCAAUACUCUUGCCACUGGUUUUAAAGCGUUUGCAAUGAAGGAAAAUGUCUCGGAUGUCGUGCAGGUAAUAUAAUCCUGUUAUAUCAUAGACCAUUUAAGCGCUUUCCUCGCUUUAUCAUUUUUAAGUGAUCAUUAGGCCAUUAUUCAGUUUAGAAAUUAAAAAAGAUAAAUAGCAUUUUCGUGACACUAUCUGUCUCUGUAGAUGAUUCUGUCUGUGUCGGUUUUACCCUCUGGUGGGGUAAUUUAUUUCACCUUUUUCCAGACCAUAAAAAAAUAUACUUGGUGUUAAAAUGGUGAUAAAAGUAAGAAGAAACCAGUUGAAGAAAAAAUUCAAAUGCGAAUAAAGGAAGUCCCGGAAAGGACUCCUGGCAAUAGUACUGACCGACCAUUCGACAACCUGAGCGGAUUUCACUCUCAGAGUCAGCAAGAUCGCACUCUGAUCAUGACUUGCGCUGAGAUUGUCGAAACGUCAGUCACUUCUAUCGAACUGUUGCUCCUGUCUUUCCAGAAAACAAUCUACUAAACCUUUCACCUUCGCUGAAGGAUAGUGCAUGUAUCGGCGAAGCGAGAAAGGAUGAUUAGAGCGUUUUUUCAGCAGCCAACGUACUUAAACAUGAACAUUAUUUAUUAUCCUAAUCUUCAGGUCCACAUUAUUGGCAGCCCAGGGAUUUUCCAAAUUUUGGUCAAUGGAGACUUGGUGGAAUUCGAGGAGUUUUCGAAGUUGGAUUUUAAUGGAUUCUCAGUAUCAAAGAAUAGCAACGAAUCAAAACACUCCAUCAUAUUUAACUCUGGAGUAUCCAUGACAUUCCAGAGAGUGGAGGAUAUUUUGAACAUGAUGCUGAUGAUACCACCAACAUUUAAGGGUAAUUCUUGUAUUCGUUUCCCACAAAGAUUUAAUUCACUUCAAAAGAGAUUUUUCCAGGUAAAAAAUUUUGAAACGUGCAUGGUUUUCUAGUGACAUUCAUGGCAAAGAAAGGAUAUUGAUGUGGUAAACUUUAAAAAAUUCAGGCUUUUUAGCUCAACUAUUGUAAAAAGAAAAAUCGACUAGAAAAGGAAUGACCUCAAUUCAUUUAUUAAUUUUAUGAUUGCUCUGUUAGUAAGAUGUCUUGACGAAAUAAGUACUUUCAAAUGCAGGAAUUUUUGAUAGUUUCCGAUAAACACUCCUAGAUAAGUUAUGUCUGUUUGAUCGAGCAAAGACUUUUCGUCACAUAAUAUUAUUUAGGAGCUACAAAAGGUCUUUUGGGGUUCUGGGACGAGAAUCAAGAGAACGACUUUUUGCUUCCCAAUGGAACUACCUUGAACCAUAACUCGAAUCAGUCCACCAUUCAUAAAGACUUUGGUCAGCUAUGUAAGUACCGUGCACACCAUUAUGUUCCUCAGCCAACGUAGUUUGUAAAACACAGAUCAGACUGAUUUAAACGAAUUUAUAGAUAAGCUUAGAAUGCUCUUUUUGGUCAAUGGCAUAUCGAGAGGGCAUAAACCCAACAAACUACAUCCUUCAUAAAGGCCAUAUUUCUAAGUCUAUGAUUUUUAUAGCACACUCGUGUUCAAAUAAUCCACGACUACUCAGAAUUGAGCAGCAUUGUCCCGAACAUUUUUCUCAUGUUGAAAUCCAAACGUAUGCAAACAAAGUACAUGUAAAAUCUUCCCCGGAAACCCGAUACCAAAGCACGGCAUAAAAAUAGCUUGAAACAGGAGCUCCUGCUUGAAAUUAAUUCAAAGGAGUUACUUUUGGAAAAGUAGGAUGAGCGAUAAUCAAUCUCUUAAUUUGAUUCUCUUUGGCUGAAAACCUGUUAUUUUCGACUACAAGUGCGACACCGAUGGUGUCCACACAUUGGGGGUUGAUAUAUUCCUUGAAAAAGAUAUGUUUUCUGGCAUGUUAGAGUUGCGACUUGCAAUCAGUCAGAAACUUAAAUCAGAUUUUACAAGGAAGGAAAUAUGUUGUGCUAGGUUUCCAGUUGAACAUGACAAGGCAUGUAUGGAUUUGUAGAGAUUUUUUAAGGUUGUGGACGAUUCGGGUAACAAUUACAUUAUUUUCGUUCUAGGGGUCACUUCAGCCAAUGAUUCUUUAUUCACAUACGAAGAAGGGAAGAACCAUUCUUCUCAUGUCGUUGCAGAGUAUGUUCCGAUAUUCUUGGAUCAAGCCAACUUGACGUUUGAAAACGCAACAUUGGGUCAACAAGCUAAAGAUAUGUGUGGCGAUAACAUACAAUGUCUGUUUGACAUUCACACCACCGGAAAAUUCAGCAUCGGAGACGCAACCAAACAAGCUCUAGAACUGUAUGCUGCAGAUAUAAAUGACACUCAGACACCUGGUAAGUUGCGUGCAAAAUUAGGAAAAGGAUAACCACGCGUGCAGAAGAAAGUGACCGUUGUGAAAUAAUUGUAGUUAUUUGUAUGUAACCAUGUACGAAAUAACUUCAACACAUUUAGAUCUCGGGAAAACAGCGAGUUUCCUCUUUUCUGAACCUGCAAUGAAGCUACAUUUAAGACGAUGUGUUUAUCCUGCAGUCCAACUAGAUUUGUUUCUAGUGCUCUUGAAGUCGCUUAAGACGGCGCAGACCACCACCGUGCUCUUCCACAACUACUCUCCUCUAAACAGUAAAUGGUAUAAUCGUGUAGUCUGACCGUCCGGGUGAGGGCAAUCUUGAGAAUUUAAGGACUAUCGUCGGUAGUGCAUGGUGACUGAAGUUUCGAAAACGUAAGAGGACGUCAUAAAAUGAGGUGUAUGGUCAGUCGAGGGCUAAAAGUCCAGUUCUUGUGAAAUUUAAAGUUUAGCCGUAAUGUUAUUGGCUAUAAGACCCAAUCGGCGUUAGUUUGGUCGUGAUUGGCAGUUUUGCUCCCUGUUCGUUUGAUCGUUCUGUUUGGUUCGUUUGGAGUGUAAAUGUUGUAAAUAGCUCGUCUGUAUCCUCUACAGGACAUUGAGUUGAUGGUAGGAGAUGGUUUGAGGUUUCCUUAAGUUUUGCAUUCUCUUUGGUUUGUUAUGGAAGGCGCUCAGCUUCUCUUUCUUUUCUCUUUUUAUUCUUCUGUUCUAGUUGCUUCCUCCUCAACCGCUUGCUUAUUCCUUCUUCAGGAAGUUGACCACACCCCACUUAAUUGGCUGUGGGCCUCAUUGUUAUUUAGAGUUGCCUCUCUAUUUUAGCUUGAUUUAAAGUUCCCUUUUUUUGCUCAGACCUUGUUGGUAACUCUCUAUAUCCCCAUUUUAUUCAGCAUGCCCCCUAUUAAAAAACGAAAUUGGCAAUGGUACCGUGCUGAGAACUGAACCUCAAGAUGGUGGAGUAAUCUAUCGAUUCCAAUGUAACUCUUAUUUCUACCUGGAUGGCUCGUCUGUCAUAUCUUGUUGGCGGGGACAGCGGAAUGGCUCAACACCGAGCUCUUUACCAGGUAAUUAAAUUAGAAAAAGGAUUCAAAAUAUUUAGUUUUUGACUUAGAGGGAGGGCCGGACGGGAAUGUUUGAAUCGAAGUUAUGAUGAAUGGACCGAGUGGAGUGAAGUCCAUGCACCAUAUGACCCUUGUUUUUUCUUUUUUCUUCUAAUUUCUUAUGGUUUUUUAUGACCCUGCACACACCAUCUACUACGAUCCUCAUACAUGGAUUUAUUUUCCAAAUGAUACUUUUCAAUAAAAGUGCGUGCGAGGUCGUAGAGAUCAUGCAAUAGUCUGCGAUAAUUGGCUCAGUGUUAAUGCGUACUUCAUAUUUCCAGAAAUUUUCAGCUGUAAUCCUUUUUGAUUGCUUUGAUAUCUUUGGUGAAAACACUUGGUGUCAAACUUGAUGAGCUGAAUAUCUCUAUACAGAUUGCGUUCCAAUGAAUACAACAAUAAGCAAUGGUACCAUACUGAGAAAUGAAACUCAAGAUGGCGGAGUACUUUACCAAUUCCAGUGUAACCCUUACUUUUACCUGAACGGCUCGUCUGUCAUAUCUUGUUUGCGGGGACAAUGGAAUGGCUCUAGACCGAGCUGCUUGCCAGGUAUAGAGAGUUUUUGUUAGUUUUAAGAUAAAAAUGGACCAAAAUCAAGACUGCACCAGCUUGAAACACAUCUCGGUAUACUUACUGAACCUGUAAUGACUUCACGAUUAAAAUUCUACCUUGCAUUUUAACGUUUGAUGUUAACAGUAGUUUAAGGGCGCUUUUGAAUUCCAAUACUUUCAUUAAAAAUGCUUCUGAAGGACAGCAUGUACAAACUAUUGAAAUGUGCAUAUUUCAGUGAUAGACGAACGUCAGUGAAAAAUCGCAGCGAUCAAGAAAAUAUUACCUUUAAUAUCGUAUUCAUAUUACACCUGGUUCUCUCUAAGAUACUGUAAAUAUUCCAGUCUAGUUAAUUUAUCGACGUCUCAUCUCGUCACUUCCUCAGUUUAUCAUUUGUGUGGUGUUUGGAUCUGAUAGUGAGAGACGGUUUAAGGCUACCUUAGGUCCAUAAAUUUGUAAUAAAAGGCGUUCAGCUUCUUUUCUUUUCUCCCUCUGUUUGAUCCUUCCUCAGGAUGUUGACCACAUCCUACGAAAUCCGCUAUGAACCUUAUCAUCAUGCUCAGUUAUUUCGCGACUUCGGAUUCGAAUACACUUCAAUGUUUCUUUUAUAAACCUUAUUUUGGUUGACUUACCUUCUCGAUAUUCUGUUAAGGAUGCCUUCCACUGAAAAACAUAAUUAGCGAUGGUACCGUACUGAGAAAUGAAACUCAAGAUGGCGAGGUUAUCUAUCGAUUCCAGUGUAACUCUGGUUUUAUCCUGAACGGCUCGUCUGUCAUAUCUUGUUUUCGGGGACAGAGGAAUGGCUCAACACCGAGCUGUCUGCCAGGUAAACAGAUUUUUAUAUAAGAUUACUGCAAAUUUUUUUAAAGCCUUGGCGAUCCUUGCACAGUCUGUCAAUUCCAGUUGCACUUCAUUUGAGUCGCUGAAAGCUUUAAAUGUUUACUUCGCCAAGACAUGCUACGACUGACUUUUGAGCUGAGUUCCUUAAUCGCCUUUCAAAGAUUUGGUUAAGCCACCAGAAAAUUAUUCCUAACCAGGCGCUCAGAUAUACUUCCAAAACUAAUAUACCCUUGAAGAAAUUACGAAAAAGCUUUUAAUUGUUUUGUUCUUUGACCAGAUAGAUAAUUGGCUGACUACUGUCAUGUUUAAUUUCGUAAACAAAUAGAUUCCAUGUUGCCGUGCAUUUGUACAAUAAUAGAUGACAAAUGACAUCAAAAUGUAGUAAGAAAAACCGUGGCACACGAAGCGCAACCGAAUGUGUUACUGAUGUCCUUUCCACAUCUUUCUGUGAUCUAUUGCUGCACAGACCCACGGCAAAAUGGAAUCUAUCACGGUUUCACAAAUUAAUCAUCUCUGCUUCUAAUAGAUCAUAAAUAAGAACCAAUCAAAUUGCGUGUAUUCAGCUUGUUAUCUAAUAUCUUAUAAUACAGGUAAAGGUAAACCAAAGCAAACCAAGGCAUCGAGGUGGUAUGUUGUCGCUGCUGUUUGUGCUGGCAUGGCCUUUUGUGUCAUCGUAUUGAUCGCUUGGAGCGUUUUCUGUGCCAAAGCGAGAGGUUCCAUAUCCCAGGCUGAUCUCUCAAUAGGAAAGUCCAAGGAUGACUCUACUUCUAAGAAUCUGGCCUUCACCACAAGCAAUACCAAAUACCCUUACCCUAGACCUUAUAACUUUGACCCAUAA